GUUAAUAAAAAGGUAGACCUAGCAACCUAGCGCUCCCACCGCCUUGUUGCACCGCCGGACACUUUGGCCUCGACGGCCAACAGUUCUCGCACCAUUGGCUACUCUGGCUGCGACAUCCACCCAACCUUCUCAGUUUUCACCUCCAGUAAAUCCGGCUUCAACAUACUCCCAUCCUUCUCACUGCCAGCCAUUCAGGUCUAGGUGACCACCUAUCUUUUUUCAGCAAUGGCGCUUUCAGACAUAGAUUUCAGCAGAUGACGCGCCUUCGAAGCGUAUGUACUACUCAGGAAUUUUGGCACAACAAUCAACUACAGUGGAGCAUGGUCGAGCGGCGCAGAGAAGAUGAGGAUCAGCGUCAGAGCCACCAGGCGGAGGAGGAGCCAUUCAAACCACCCAAGGCCAUCCAGGACAAUUUGAGGGAGACAACCUGGGCGGUGGCCGGUGCAAGGCUGCAGACUGAAUGCGCCGUGUGCCUCAAGGACUUCGAGGCGGAGGACAUGGUCAGCAAGAUGCCGUGCGACCACUGCUUCCAUCAGGGCUGCAUCUCGCAGUGGCUCCGGGUCAGCUGCGUCUGCCCCCUCUGCCGCCACGCGCUGCCCACUGCAUGAUGGCGUCCACCGUCGAUGGAGAUGGAGGCUCCGGGUCACCUGUUGGUUCACCAAGAACAGAUUAUUAUUUUUGAUGUUUGGCGGCACUCUCCCUGAAUUAGGAUCUCCCUUUCACAAUGUAAACCUAGGAGCAGAGCGCCAUAAUU